CAUGUGCUGUCUAGGAGGAGCCGUUGCAGGAGGAAGAGAAGGCAGUUGAAAACAGAUGCUCUCUCCAAUUCUAGAUUUGACAUAAAAGUAUCCACCAUUUCUUCAUUAUCAAUUCAAAACCUGUAGAAUUACUGUAGGGUUUUUGAUCAAUUUCAUCAAGAAUCAGCAGUCGAGGGUUACUGCGGAAUUUGUGGUCGAUUCAAUUGAAUCAUCCAUCAUCAAAUAAUGGAAAAGUACGAGAAACUGGAGAAGGUAGGAGAAGGGACAUAUGGGAAGGUAUACAAGGCUAAGGACAAGGCAACUGGGCAGCUUGUUGCCCUAAAGAAAACCCGUCUCGAGAUGGACGAGGAGGGUGUUCCCCCAACAGCCCUCCGCGAGAUCUCCCUACUUCAAAUGCUCUCUCAUUGUCUCUAUGUGGUGCGCCUCAUCUGUGUCGAGCACGUUGAUAAGAAUGGAAAACCCGUCCUCUACCUCGUAUUUGAGUAUCUUGAUACUGAUCUCAAGAAGUUUAUUGACACUUUCCGUAAAGGCCCUAACGCUCGACCGUUGCCGCCUAAUCUCAUCCAGAGUUUUCUUUACCAGCUUUGCAAGGGGGUGGCACACUGCCACAGUCAUGGUGUCCUCCAUCGGGAUCUCAAACCCCAGAAUCUACUUGUUGAUAAGGAAAAAGGGAUCCUCAAGAUUGCGGAUCUUGGGCUAGGCAGGGCUUUCACUGUUCCCCUCAAGAGCUAUACCCACGAGAUUGUUACUCUCUGGUACAGAGCUCCUGAAGUUCUUCUGGGGUCCACUCAUUAUUCUACGGGUGUUGAUAUGUGGUCUGUUGGCUGUAUUUUUGCUGAGAUGGCAAGAAGACAGGCUUUAUUUCCUGGUGAUUCUGAGUUCCAGCAACUGCUCCACAUAUUUAGGUUGUUGGGAACACCAACAGAGAAACAGUGGCCUGGAGUUAGUUCACUGAGGGAUUGGCAUGUGUACCCACAAUGGGAACCACAAAACUUGGCUUGUUCUGUUCCAUCACUGGAACCCGAUGGAGUUGACCUUCUAUCAAAAAUGCUCAUGUAUGAUCCAGCUGAAAGAAUUUCUGCUAAAGUUGCUAUGGACCAUCCCUACUUCAAUGGCUUGGAUAAAACUCAAUUCUGAAGUUGAUGCCAGAGAUGUUUAGCAGAAGGACGAAGCCACCAUCGUUGAAGGAUGGCAUCAUCUUGUUGAUUUGAGCUUUCUUGCGUAUAACUGAUUGACUUUUACAUUGCAUUAAUCUCAUCAACAAUGCUGUACUCUUGAGGAAUUUAUUGUUGUUCUUAUAUUGUCAUUUUAGCUGAUUUGGUCAAAAUCCUGGUAAUAGUUCCCAUGGAAAGUGCUAGAUGUA